UUGUAGUUCAAUGAAGAAGUAUUAUACGGCGCAUCGAUCUACACUGAUGUAUGCAGUGGUGACCUUGUCUAUAACGACAGGCAUACUGGUCAUUGUAGAUCAAGGUUUCGCCCCUCCAAAACCUGUGUUAGGAAUUCUCAGAGAAAGAAGAUUUCAAGUAACUGAUCACUGUAUCCUCCCAGGAAUCUGUCGUGUAACACAAAAUGGAACAGAGUAUUUCGUAUACCAGCGAAAUCAAACAUUCUACCAAAAUCUGAACGCGCCAGUGGAUUAUGAAAGGUCGAUAGUGCAUGACCAAAAUGUUGUGCCCAAUAUAGUUCACGUGACAUGGUAUGGCGGUCCUAAGAAGAACACAUUCUUAUUCCACCACUUGGUGUGCCUGCAAUCCAUCCAUAGAUUUAUUAAACCUAAGUACAUUCUGUUCUGGUUUGAUAUGAUACCGGAGGGAGAAUACUGGGACCAGGUCAUAGAGCGCUUCCCCCAGAUAGUGCUGGUGUACAGGGCCCCACCCCAUAUCGUCCUCGGACAGCCCGUCGAGGUACCGGAACACCAGUCAGAUGUUAUCCGACUCGAGGCCCUCAUGGAGUAUGGUGGCAUCUAUAUGGACCUGGAUGUCAUCGUCUUGAGGUCCCUAUCGCCACUUCAAUCGUACGACGUUACUAUGGGAUACGAGACACUGGAUGGACUCUGUAACGGCGUGAUGGUGGCGAGGCCGUGGGCAGACUUCCUCAGGAUCUGGUACAAGGAAUACAAGACAUUAGACGACAGUGUAUGGGGCUACCACUCGGUGCUGCUUCCUGCAAUACUGGCACAAAAGUACCCCAACCUCAUUAACACGGAAUUCAGAUCCAUGAACCACCCAAAUCCUGGAGAAAGCAUGUCACUCCUGUAUGGAAACAAGUCAUUUGAUUGGGAGACUUCAAAUUAUGUUGUCCAUACUUGGAUUCGAACAAGAAAUAGCCACAAAACUUAACGCGCAGUCAAUAAGAACUUGGGACUGUGUGGCUGGUGAGCUGUUCAGGUAUAUAUACUAUGGUAACAAAGCUCUCAUUCCACCCCAUUAGCAGAGUGUAUGGUGGCAGGAGCUCUCCCGUGAAUAGCAUCAUCAUUACAUGUCUCUGAAUCCACUCAUUUGUUGUAUUGCUGUGAUAUCCAUUGCAAGAACACCCGAUCCUGUUAGUUGCACUCGGCAAUAUUCCAGCUAUAUGGCGGCGAUCUGUAAAUAAUCGAGUCUGAAUAAGACAAUCCAGUGAUCAACAACAUGAGCAUCGAUCUACGCAG